AUGAGUGAUUUUGCUAAUGCCACUGAAGCUGCAUCUCUCGCUGUCCAAUUCGAUCAAGCGGGGCAGACGGAAAAAGCUGUAGAAUGUUACAGAACUGCAGCAAGACUUCUGGAUAGAAUACGGGAUCGUUUCCCGCCUGAUAAACAGCUGGAACUGAGGAAUAAAGUACGUGAAUACCAUGAACGGGCUACUGUAUUAAGUGAGCAGAAAGAUAGAGCACAGCAAGCAGAAAGUGAACGGGCAAUGCAACAAUGCUAUUUUCUUAUGCAACAAGCUUUGGGUGCAGACGAGGGCAACUUGAAAGAUUCAGCGUUACAACUGUAUAUGCAGGCUGUGGAGUUGGCUGUUUCUUUUAAAACAAGUGAUCCAGAAACUAAAGCAAAAAUUACAAGUUUAGCGGCACAGGCUUUGGACAGAGCUGAAGAACUAAAAGGGAUCAAAAGAUUGAAUUCACUGUCACUAAAUGAAUCCAAAAAACCAGCUGUAUCUUCGGCCAAACCUCAUCUGACAAGGGAACAAAGUGUUCAUUUAAAAGUGAGUGGGAAACUAGAUGCAUACACUGAAGAAGAGAAGGAAGUACUACGGUCAACAUCAAAUAUUAACAACAACUGUUUCUUACCGUUCAUGGACGUAGACUUGUUAGAGAAAUUCCAGUUCGCAAUACCAUUUGAGGACAAAGCUAGUGAACUGAAGUUGUCUUCAAAGCAAGCAGCGGAAUUUGACUGUUGGAUUCGUCCGCAUGAAAUUUGUUCAGACCCAAAGUUGAUUGUGGGCGAUCAUGUUGAUUGUUUUAGUAUCAAACAGACUAUAGUAUCAGAUUGCUCGUUCGUCGCGUCGUUAGCUGUCAGUGCAUUAUAUGAGAAAAGAUUCAACAAGAAGAUCAUCACCUCCAUCAUAUAUCCUAAGAAUAAGAGCAAGAUGCCUGUGCUGAACCCGUUUGGGAAAUACAUGGUCAAAUUACAUCUGAAUGGCGUUCGUAGAAAGGUGAUAAUAGACGAUCGACUUCCCUACAGCAGAUAUGGCCGGCUGUUGUGUUCCUUUUCGAGCAACAAGAACGAGUUCUGGGUAUCUCUUCUCGAGAAAGCUUACAUGAAAGUGAUGGGUGGCUAUGACUUUCCUGGCUCAAAUAGUAACAUAGACCUGCACGCUCUGACGGGCUGGAUCCCGGAGCGCGUGGCGAUCCGCGCGGGCGAGGCUGACUUCAACGCGGACUUGCUGUACGAGAAGAUCCGCACGCGCCUCGAGCGUGGCGACGUGCUGGCGACCGUCGCCACGGGCGAGCUGCACGAAGCCGAGGCCGAGCGCACCGGCCUCGUGCCCACGCACGCCUACGCCGUUCUCGACGUCAGGAUGGCCAACGGCGUGAAGCUGCUGAAGCUGAAGAACCCGUGGUCGCACCUGCGCUGGCGCGGCAACUACUCGGAGCUGGACGAGGCGCACUGGACGCCCGCGCUACGCGCUACGCUCCGCUACGACCCCGACAGCGCCGCGCAGUACGACAACGGCGUCUUCUGGAUCGACUACGCCAGCAUCCUCAAAUUCUUCGACGUCUUCUACCUCAACUGGAACCCCGAGAUGUUCCAGUACACGUAUUGUAUACACCAGAAAUGGGACGCCGGCACAGGCCCUGCCAAGGACGCGUACAACAUAGGAGAGAACCCUCAGUUCUCUCUCCACGUUCAGGGUAAAGGCGUGGUAUGGCUCCUGCUGUCGAGACACAUCACUCAGAUCAACGACUUCAGAGACAACAAGGAGUAUAUAACACUGUUGGUUUACAAAAACGGCAGGAGGGUGUAUUAUCCUUAUGACCCUGAACCUUACAAAGAUGGCAUCCGAAUCAACAGUCCACAUUACCUCUGUGAAUUAAUGAUAGGAGAAAACAGUGCUGAUCGGUACACGCUGGUGGUAUCGCAGUACGAGAAGAGCAGGACCAUCUUCUAUACAUUGCGGGCAUACUCCUCGUGUCCGUUCACACUCACCAAACUCGAACCGUACCCGCAUAAGAAAACUUUGAAAGGUGAAUGGUUGGGUCGUACGGCGGGUGGGUGUGAGAACCACCGCGAUACUUAUCCGAACAACCCCAAGUUCAUUAUCACAGUUCCGGAGAGUCGAACACCAUGUAACAUAGUGGUGGAACUGAAGGGUCCGAAGCAGUACCAGCUAGGAGUCGAUGCGAAGGUCGAAAGCUUGGAUGACCAGACUGUUACGGCACCAUUUUUCAAAGAAACAUCUGGACCUUACAGGCCCGGAUUUGUUGUUCUGGAACUUCGAAAUCUUCCAUCAGGUAAGUACAUACUAAUGCCAUCUACAUACAAGCCGGGACAGGAAGGACCUUUCUUCUUAGAGCUGCGGUCCACCUGCCCCCUGACAUGUGAGACACGCAACUAG